UCGCCGUCACCGUGGGCCUCGGCACGGCACGGCGCGGCGACGCCACUGCUAUUUCUCUGCCUGCUGCUCAUUCCAUUCCUCCCGGCCCCCCUCGCCCUGCCUGCCAUUCCGGCCGCCUGGCAACAGCGUCCUCGGCGCCCCCUGCCCUGUCCGCCACUGUGCGAGCACAGCCGCGUGCGCCGGCCGCCACCGCGCCCUCGCCGCUCAGCGCGCGCGCGCACCAAUUCGACCGACCAGAGCGAGGUGGAGCAGCGGUGGGAUGGAGACCCCGUCGUCGACGUACGACGAGGGCUCCGAGCUCGACGCGCGCUCGCAGUCCGACUACGCCGACUUCGACGACCUGGACCGCCCGCCGCGGGGCCACCGCCGGGAGCCGUCCUCCGACGUGUCCUCCGAGUGCAGCGGGGAGCCCGGGAGCCCCUACGGCUCGUCGCCGUACCCGCGGUGGCCGGUGUGCGCGCUCCCCGCGCGGGUGCCGAGGCCGCCGCCACCGCCGCUGCUCAAGAGGCUCAGCACCACGCGGCGCGCCGGCGGCGGCGUGCGUGAGGGAAAGGCCGGCGACGGCGAGCUGCAGCUGAUCAAGGAGAGGUUCUCGAAGCUUCUGCUGGGCGAGGACAUGUCCGGGAGCGGCAAGGGGGUUUCGACCUCCGUCGCCAUCUCCAACGCCAUCACCAACCUCUAUGCCACCGUUUUUGGGAGCUGCCACAGGCUGGAGCCCCUGCCGGCGGAGAAGAGGUCCAUGUGGCGCCGCGAGAUGGACUGCCUGCUCUCCGUCUGCGACUACAUCGUCGAGUUCUUCCCUUCCAAGGAGAUCCUGCCCGACGGCACCAUCCGGGAGGUGAUGGCGACCAGGCCGAGGUCAGACAUCUACGUCAACCUCCCCGCCCUCGAGAAACUCGACGACAUGUUGCUUGAGAUUCUAGACAGCUUUCAGAAGACUGAAUUCUGGUACGUUAAUGACAAGGGGCAGAAAGACAAAGAUGAUUCCGUCGCGACGCCGUGCCGUCCGGCGAGCCAGCGCGGCGACGGCAAGUGGUGGCUGCCCGUGCCGUGCGUCACCAAGCCCGGGCUGACGGAGACGGCGCGGCGAGACCUCCAGCAGAAGCGGGACUGCGCGAGCCAGAUCCACAAGGCUGCCAUGGCCAUCAACAAUGGCGUUCUCGCCGAGAUUCGGAUCCCGGACCUGUACAAGCAAGCCCUUCCCAAGUGCGGGCGGGCGAGCGUGGGCGACCUGAUCUACCGCCACAUGUCGUUCCCGGGCAAGUUCUCGCCGGAGUACCUCCUGGACUGCCUGGAGAUCUCGUCGGAGCACGAGGCCCUGGAGGCGGCGGACCGCGUGGAGGCGGCGAUGCACGUGUGGCGGCGGAAGGCGAGCCAGAGCCACUCGAGGUCCCCCUGGAGCGCGGUCAAGGACCUGAUGGAGUCCGACAAGAACGUGAUGCUGGCGAGCCGCGCCGACGACGUGCUGCUCUGCCUCAAGCAGCGCUUCCCCGGCCUGUCCCAGACCACGCUCGACGCCAGCAAGAUCCAGUACAACAAGGAUGUUGGGCAGGCAAUCCUGGAGAGCUACUCGAGGGUGCUGGAGAGCCUGGCGUACAACCUCGUAACCUGUAUAGAUGACGUUCUCUUCGCCGACGAGGCCGCCAGAAAGAUAGCAUGAGUGAUCAUUUGUUCAUCCUUCCUGCCUGAUCCGGGAAACCAAAAAUAAGGGGUCCAUGUCCCUGAUCCAUCCACAGAAUGUACAUUAUGCCAUAACUUGUAGCAGUAGUACCAUCUAUCAAUGGAAGAUAGCACGAGCAGUUAAGCACAGUACUCC